GUUGAUUGUAGCGGGAUCAUUAUUCAUCUGCUAUAUUAUAUAACCAGCGCACUCGGUUCAUCAAUCAAUCACCGAGUGAGGCAGAACCUUUCCUUGGACGAUAGCAUGCGAAUCUGUCUGAUUUGGAUGAUGAACCAAUGCCGAAUUGCGACUGCCACUAUCAUUAGACACAACACAUCACCACCUUCCGUUAGUGAUUCCACUUUCAUUGCCAUGCAUCAGGAAGGUACUACCUACCUGACUAGCUGGGCCUCCCAAAGCGGCCGAACCCAGGUCGCCGCGAGUCCUCAAAGCACCACCAACUCAAAACAAACAUUCUCCUUUCUUCAGCUCCUAUGCACUUUGUUUCCUAGAGCCUCGAAUUAGUGCUCCUUGUAUUCACUACCACGACACCACCCUGAACAUUUCUAAAUUCCAACCAUGUCCCAAUCACCGAAUCAACGUGGCCCCCAGCGAUCCCCGGAUGACAACGACCCCAUCAACUUAGACCUGCAGCCCGCCGCCAGCCUCAGUAUUCGACACACAUAUCAUCUCGAAGCUGCCAGUCCGAUGUCAACCCCGGUUGAGCCCGAGCCGAAGACUGAGCUGGAAGAGACCACCGCCAAUCUGACGCGGAUGCUCUCCAUAAACAGUGUGCUCUCGACCACAUCUUCUGCUGCCGAACGUGACACCGCAGAACAUGGUAAGGGCGAAAGGCCGUUCCGACAGAUCGGGGCCGGGACAUGCGGUGUCAUCUUCGCCCAGGACGGAGCGUCCAUCGCGAUCAAGCUGGCAAAGAAUAACGCGAUUGCGCUUUGGAACGAUUAUGUGCAGCACAAGAAGAUCGCCACGCAGUUCAGGCGUCUCAUGAUCGAGAAGGUCCAGAUCCCAGCUUGUUACUUCUUUGUCCCCAAGAAACGGAGCGAGUGGUGGGAGAAUUAUCCGGGUUUGACAGAAGCAGCGGAAAAGUGGUGCAACCUCCCGACAUGCGCACUUCUUACGGAGAGAAUCGAUCCCCUCCCGAAACCUACCCGUACUGCAAUCAUCGAGAAAUACUGCAAGCCGAAAAUCAAGCAGGAAGCGCUUGCGGCUCCCGGCAACAAUGACUGCCUCGUUCGGGUAUACCUAGGUUCCGCAAAAAAGGGGAAAACCCCGAGGUUCUUCAACCUGCGCAACUUCAAGCUCUAUCUGAAUCGGAUGGUGGAACUCCGGCUCGAUGUCGAUGAUCUGGCCCGCAGAAUGGGGGUGGCCUUGGCCGUCAUGCAUUGGGCCGCCAGGACGGAUGCGAAUGACGUGGAGUUUGUGCUGGGGAGCUCAUCCAGCACGAAUUCCCCCGCUGAGGAUGAUGCAGAGGACCCCGAGCGAAUGACACUCCUCACCUACACCGGGCCCCCGUCGAACAUCACCGAAGACUUCUUCAAUCGCAGGGUUAAGCUCUGGGUCCUUGAUUUCGACAAAGUACGCAACAUCACGAUGGACGAUGCAGGCGUGGCGCAGGCCGCGCGUGCUUUUAUGCUCAAUGCUCCGUACUUCCCCAGACCGUGUCGCGAGUCAGAGGUUGAGACAAGGAUUUGGGAGGAAUUUGUGGAAGCGUACCGCAAGUUGUCGCUUGCGAUUCUUCGCAAGGACGAGGGAGAUGACUCGGACUACCUUGAGCUUCCGGAAAAGUUUAUCUCCAAGGUCAUCGAGGCGGAGAGCAAGAAGUUGGCGAAGCCGAAGGAUUAGGCCUUGAGGGUCUCGACUAGCGAGCGUGGGAUAUUGCUAGCGGAACAUUGAGAUUUCUAGAAUUGUGUAUGCUAUAGCGGCCGUAUUAGUUACUUUUGAAUGAAGAAGUCUUAAAACUCGAG